AUGGCACAAAUAGGCUCCAGCCCGACCCAGCAGCUCAGCCCCGUGGAGCAGGAUCAGAUCUGGAAAAGCUGUGUUCACAAGGAACUAGAGGCUGCGAGGAAAUGGGCCAACACAUGGGGGUUUUUAGCGACAUCUCCUGAGGAGUUGAUCAAAACUGAAAAGAAAGAACCCUCUAAACCUAAGAUUGAGCUUCCAGAACAUUUACAGAUCCGACCUCUGACACCACUGGAAAAAUAUAUUAAGGCCAAUCCAUCUCCUCCAGUCCCUAAAACUACUCAGGGGUUUAUUGGCUGGAGAUCAUCUGUGCCAGGGCUGAAACUUGAACAUGGUUAUCAAAUCCGAAGCUGCAAAGGUGCCUUUCACAAGGAUUUGCAGUGGCCAGAUGGACCCUGUGAUUGA